AUGAGAAAUACAUAUCUUUAUAAUCCAGAUGCAGAUCAAAAGUCAAUUUCAGAACCUGUUCGUCCAGCACCUUCAAAAGUCUACGAACCACUUCGAAUAGAAAAUUCAAUUGCUACAAUUGCAACAAUUGCAGGAUAUCGAAAGCCAAAAGUUCUUUUUUCUCAUUUUUCACUUCUAAGACGAAUUUGGGAGUAUGCAUUAUUGAUCAUCAGCGUUAUUCCUGCUUUCGAAAUUCCAUUUUUUUCUAUUUUUAUUUACGAUUACAAGACUUCUUUAUAUUGGCCAUUCAUGAUAUUUGAUUUUAUAUAUAUGGCAGACUUAUAUGUUGUUCUUAACACAUCAUUUGUAUCACACGGCGUUAUUGUUAGCGAUAAAAAACGAAUUCUAAAAUUAUACGGCGUAAAAUCAGUUAUAUUCCACAUCAUUGCAUGCAUUCCAGGAUGGUGGUUUGGAGUAUUCUUUAACAAUAGAUCUGCAUAUAUAGUUUUGUCAUUAUUAAAAGUUUUCCGCUUAAAUAGAUGCAUGAUUGCUCUUCAUACCACAAAAUCUAAUCUCGUUUACUAUUCAUGGUUCUCUGCUCUACUUCCUCUUGUCAUUUGCUUCCUUCUUGUCGUUCAUCUUUUCGCAUGUAUUUUUUAUCUUUCCGCCUUCCUCUCAAAAAGCCCAGAUACAUGGAUCACAAUACUCGGCUGGUCCUACCUAACACCACCACAGCUUUACGUUACCUCUAUUUACUUCGUUCUUACUACAAUCUUCGCCAUUGGUUAUGGAGACUUAACUCCUCAAGCAUCAUGCGAGGUUAUCGUUGUUAUAUUUAUUCAGCUGUUUGGCGUUACAUCAAACUUAUUAAUUCUUUCAAAAUUAGUCGAAUUAUCUUUAUCUGGCCCAGACAAAUCAUACGUAAGAGAAACAAGAGAGUUCCGAGAUUACCUUGCUUUCAAGCGUAUUCCUAAGAAAAUUCGCGAAGAAACUACGAAUUAUUUCCAAAUGAGAUAUGACGAGUCCAGAGGAGCUGAUGAACCUGCUCAAGUACUUCGAUAUUUACCAGAUACAUUAAGAACGUCAUUAGUUCUUGACCAAUGCAGGUAUUCAAUGAUGCAAGUUGAUCUUUUCAGAGUUGCAUCGCAAAACUUCUUAUCUGCCAUCUCCAAAAUGCUCACACCACAUGCAUUUAUCCCAGGAGAGACAAUUAUCAAGCAAGGAGAUGUUGUUCCGGAAUUAUUGUUAUUAAAUUCCGGAAUUCUCUCGAUUUCAGUUGAUGGUAUUGAAAUCAACAAAUUAGAAUUUAAUGAUGGCUUCGUAUCUGGUGAAAUUGAGCUGUUUAUUGACAAACCACGAGAAGCAACGAUAAAAGCCGUUUCUCAUGUGAGCGGAUGGUCUCUUUCACGACUUCAGAUACAGAUGGUCGUUGCAUAUCAGCCGGAUUUAAGACGUGAAAUCAUUUCCAUUUCGAAAAUGAUUUAUCCAGAUAACGUCAGAGAAAUAAAGAACUUGAUCAGUGUUCAGACUCUUGAAGCUGUACUCAAAGAUGCUUCAGAUACUGAGUCAAGUUAUUCAGAUUCUGACAUUUUCUUAGGAACUAAGAUUAUGACAUCUUCAUCUGAUGAUGAUACAUCAUUUGAACUUUUGUAA